CGUACAGCUCAUGAGCAGGCCGCAGCUAUGCUAACAGGCUAACCAGCUCGUGAGCUUCGGUGUAACGGCUACAUCUGUAAAGUGAUCUCCUGCGCGGGGAACGUGUCCUCCAGAGGCGCGGCGGCGACCGACCGGAGACCGACCGGAGACGGCCCUGUGAGCCACGGGACGUGUAUUUAGAGGCUCGGUGUUAGCUCGGUGUUAGCUCGGUGCUAGCUCGGUGCUAGCUCGGUGCUAGUUCAGAUGACGUCACUGAGCAGGGAGCUAAUUACCGGAAGUAACCCGGUCCUCUCCAUCAGCGGCCUGGUCCGGACUCUGGGACGGGAUGCAUCGGACCGGAGGGCCCGUAGCGGACCGUAGCGGACCGGAGAACCCGUAGCGGACCCGGAGGGGCCUGUUACACCUGUACACAGUGUGGUUCUGAGUGUGUGGUUCUGUGUGUGGUUCUGUGUGUGCGUGCAGGAUGGACGUGUGCAGUGGGAACCCGAACCGCACGGCGCCGGUGGGAGCCGACGCCCCCCUGAGCUCCCGGACCAAUGGGUGGAGCUGGCCCCCCCACCCCUUCCAGCUGCUGGCCUGGCUGCUCUUCGUCUACUUCGCCGUCACCGGCUUCGGCGUGUUGGUGCCGCUGCUGCCGGCCCAUUGGAUCCCCGCCGGGUACAUCUGCACAGGGCUGAUGUUCUGCUGCCACCUGUGUGUUCACCUGCUGGCCGUCAGCGUGGACCCGGCCGACCUCAGCGUCAGAACCAGGAGCCUCCGAGGCCCCGCCCCCCCGUUCGACCGCUCCGAGCACGCCCACGUCAUCGAGAACUGCCACUGCUACCUGUGCCAGGUGGACGUGGGUCCUAAGUCUAAGCACUGCAGCUCCUGUAAUAAAUGUGUUUCUAACUUCGACCAUCACUGUCGCUGGCUGAACAACUGUGUGGGGAGCCGCAACUACAGGCUGUUCCUGCACAGCGUGGUCUCGGCUCUGUUGGGGGUCUCUCUGGUUCUGGUCGUGGCCUCCUACGUCUUCAUUGAGUUUUUUCUGGACCCGUCCAAACUCCGCUCUGACAAACACUUCCUGGGGAGCAACGAGUCGGCGCUGUGGUUCGUGUUCCUGCCCGUGGCGCCCGUCCCCUCCUCGGCGGCGGUGAUCCCCGGCGUGGCGGCCGUCACCGUCGCUCUGGCUCUGCUGUCCUCGGUGCUGCUGAGCCACCUGCUGGGCUUCCACCUGUACCUGAGUAAGAGGGGGGGGGUCCCGCUGCAGAGCUGGGUCCUCACUGUGUGUGUGUCUCAGUGUGGAACAGGCUCAGUACCUUUGAGUACAUUGUGCGUCAGCGUCACCGUCAGGACGGCAGAGACGCCAGGAAACCAGGACCAGGACCCGCGAAGGAGCCGGGAGCCCCCCCGUCGGCCCUCCUCCUCCAGGUUCCUGUCUAACAGCAGAGUGAGGACCGUGUCCAGUCCUGUCAUGGAGGAAGAAGCUCCGCCCACAACGUCUCCUGAGCUGAAAGCAAUAGAACACACACACCGCCGCACACAGAAAAGGAAGAAGAAGGUCCGUAAAGUUCCAGUCGAGGUCGCCAGAGGGCGCUGCCCGGGGUCAGCCCCCCCCCCCGCAUUCCCUCUGAGGGCCUCCCUGCCCCCCCCGGCUCCGCCCCCGGCUCCGCCCCCGGUCCAGGCCGCCGCCCCUCCGGCUGAGUACCACUCUGACUCUGCAGAGUCUCUGGAGGAGAUCCCCGUGGCGCUGGCCGAGCUGGGCUCCUCGUCUUCACGCAGGGGGGGCCCCUCCCCCCAGCCCAGGACUAAGAGGAAGGCCGCCUCCUCCCGCCCAAAUAAGGGCGUCUCUGAGCUGCGCUUUGAGAUGGCGUCCGCCCGGCCGCCCGUGGUCUUCGUCAGCCGGGCGAGCGGAGAGGCCGGCGAGCCCCGGGAGGAAGACCCGGGUCUGGGCCGGAGGCCGACCGGCUCCAGACCCGGCUCUAGACCCGGCUCCGGACCCGGCUCCAGACCCGGGGCCGGACCGGCGGCUCAGGCGCCGCCGGGCUCGGGCGCCGCGUCCUGGGUGGAGCUGUGAGGACAACGUGUCAACAAGCUUUGUUUACUCCUGAAGACGUUUUUGUAUCUCUGGUAUUUAUUGUUGUUGCUGCAGAGGAAGCCGGAGCCCCGGUGACAUCACUUCCUGUCCGGCAGCAGCACGGCGCUCAGCGUUGUCAUGGUGACCUGUUGUCAUGGUGACCUCUCCGUGUGUCUCCACCUCGCCUGAUGUUUGAUUCUUCAAAUAAAAGACUUCCUCACA